AUGCCGUUGGCUAUGACAAACCCGUCAACCGGUGGUAUUGACCGCUAUGUCAAACAUCAUCCUCCGAAAAUGCCACGCAUGAACACCUACCGCGAGCCCAAACCCCCACCACACCGUUCCCGAAGCCGCCAGGGCCGCCAGAGCCAAAGCGAAGCCAGCAGUCCUCUUCCACGCAAUGAAUCGGAUUACGACGUGCCCGCUCCCGAACCCAAGAAACACCUCAGCCGUUUAGAAGGGCACCUCGUUGCAGCGAGUGGAGAGUUUGUCGGCACAUUCAUGUUUCUCUACUUUGCUUUUGCCGGUCAGCUCAUGAUCAUCAACCAAGCAAGUGACCGGUCGAUUCUGAAUGGGUUUGCAAGCAGUCAGCAGAAUAUUUUCGUUGCCUUGGUGUAUGGGUUCAGUUUGUUGGUCAAUGUUUGGGCGUUCUUUCGGAUUAGUGGGGGGUUGUUCAAUCCAGCGGUAACCGUCGGCAUGGUAGUUGCUGGUCAACUCCCCUUCAUCCGAUCCCUCUUUCUCGUUCCCGCCCAGCUACUCGCGUGCAUGUGCGCAGGUGGAGUCGUCCAAGCCAUGUUUCCUGGAGAUAUUAGUGCUGUCAACACUUCGCUGUCCCAGGACACGUCUAUCGCCCAGGGAGUUUUCAUCGAGAUGUUCAUGACCGCCGAGCUCGUCUUCGUCGUGCUUAUGCUGGCUGCAGAGAAGAGCAAAUCAACAUUCAUCGCUCCUAUAGGCAUCGGACUGGCGCUGUUUGUGGCCAUGAUGGGUGGUGUAUACUUCACCGGCGGUUCACUGAACCCUGCGCGUAGCUUCGGCCCAGCUGUCGCUUCAGCGUCGUUCGUCGGAUAUCACUGGAUCUACUGGGUUGGUCCUAUACUCGGUGCACUACUUGCUUCGGCAUACUAUCGCUUCGUUAAGCACUUCGAUUACGAGCAGGCGAACCCGGGGCAGGAUUCUGCGGGUGGUCACUUCUCUGCUUGAGUGACCUGGAAGUCUUUACGCAAUACAUGGCCGCCAAACAAGCAAAGUUGGAUCAGUCUCCUGGUAUACAAAUGCUGUUUGGGCAGAGUGAUUUGGGUAGUCUCUCAGGGAUGUGGAAAACUUCGGGAAUUUGAAUGUACAGCGUGGAGUUAUGGGAGUGUUUUGUGGGUAUUGGCCUACCACCAUACAUAUCAGAGCAGGCGUUCUUACCCAGCGAAGCAAUUGUUCGCGUUCAGAUCUCGGACCG